AUGUGGCGCUGCGUCGCUCGUGGACUUCGCGUUCCACAAUCUAACAGAUCCAAUAACUCUCUCGGAUCUCACUUUUCUAGAUUCUUCUCUAGUGGUGUAAACUCGUCUUACACUGUUGUAGAUCAUACUUACGAUGCAGUUGUGGUGGGUGCUGGUGGUGCCGGUUUGAAAGCUGCUAUUGGACUUUCAGAACAUGGAUUCAAUACUGCUUGUAUUACUAAGCUUUUCCCAACUCGUUCACACACUGUUGCAGCUCAGGGUGGCAUAAAUGCAGCAUUGGGAAAUAUGACUGAAGAUGAUUGGAGGUGGCACAUGUAUGACACUGUAAAAGGAAGUGAUUGGCUAGGAGAUCAGGAUGCCAUUCAAUAUAUGUGUAGGGAAGCGCCAAAAGCGGUUAUUGAACUAGAGAAUUACGGAUUGCCUUUUUCUCGAACAGAGGAUGGAAGAAUAUAUCAGCGUGCAUUUGGUGGCCAAAGCUUAAACUUUGGAAAAGGUGGUCAAGCUUACCGUUGUGCAUGUGCUGCUGAUCGAACUGGGCAUGCUUUAUUACACACUCUCUAUGGCCAGGCUAUGAGGCACAAUACACAAUUUUUUGUGGAAUAUUUUGCUUUGGAUCUUUUAAUGAAUAGUGAUGGUACUUGCCAAGGAGUGAUUGCCUUAAAUAUGGAGGAUGGGACGCUACAUCGUUUCCAAGCUGCUUCUACAAUUUUGGCCACAGGGGGUUAUGGUAGGGCGUACUUCUCAGCAACCUCAGCACAUACAUGCACUGGAGAUGGCAAUGCCAUGGCUGCACGCGCUGGGAUCGGGCUUGAGGAUUUAGAGUUUGUGCAAUUUCACCCAACGGGUAUAUAUGGAGCAGGUUGCCUUAUAACAGAAGGCUCUCGCGGCGAAGGUGGAAUUCUUAGGAAUAGUGAGGGAGAGCGGUUUAUGGAACGAUAUGCUCCCACAGCAAAGGAUCUUGCUUCCAGAGAUGUUGUUUCACGAUCGAUGACUAUGGAGAUCCGGGAAGGUCGUGGUGUAGGACCCCUGAAAGAUCACAUCUAUCUACACUUGAAUCAUCUACCCCCAGACGUGCUCAAGGAGAGACUUCCCGGUAUCUCUGAAACUGCUGCCAUUUUUGCUGGCGUGGAUGUUACAAAGGAACCCAUUCCUGUUUUGCCAACCGUGCAUUAUAACAUGGGUGGCAUUCCCACAAAUCAUCAUGGAGAGGUGGUUACCAUUAAAGGCGACGAUCCAGAUGCAUUAGUUCCAGGAUUGAUGGCUGCUGGAGAAGCAGCCUGUGCAUCAGUUCAUGGAGCCAACAGGCUUGGUGCAAAUUCACUUUUGGAUAUUGUUGUUUUUGGUAGAGCUUGUGCAAAUAGAGUUGCCGAAAUUAAUAGGCCAGGAGAGAAACAAAAGCCUUUAGAGAAGGAUGCUGGCCAGAAAACGAUUGCAUGGUUGGACAGAUUGAGAAAUUCAAAUGGUUCAUUACCUACUUCAAAAAUUCGGUUGAAUAUGCAACGAGUAAUGCAAAGUAAUGCUGCUGUAUUCCGUACACAAGAAACAUUAGAAGAAGGUUGUCAAUUAAUUGAUAAAACGUGGGAGAGUUUCCAUGAUGUCAAGGUUGAGGAUAGGACUUUAAUAUGGAACUCCGACUUGAUUGAGACUAUUGAGUUGGAAAAUCUUUUGAUAAAUGCCUGCAUCACAAUGCACUCUGCAGAAGCUAGGAAAGAGAGUAGAGGAGCUCAUGCCCGCGAGGACUUCACGACAAGAGACGAUGAGAAGUGGAUGAAACACACUUUGGGAUUCUGGGAAAAUGAGAAGGUCCGAUUGGAUUACCGGCCGGUGCAUUUGAAUACAUUGGAUGAUGAGGUUGAGUCAUUCCCUCCUAAAGCUCGUGUGUAUUAA